CUCGCAGUGAGGGGUUGGCAACUUCGGCAGAGGCACGACUCACCGGCCGGGCCCGAGACGGAGAAGGUGGCUGAAACUAUCCUAUUCUAAAGACUCAAUGGAGUGCGGAAAAGACAUUACUAAUCAAGAAGAACUUUGGGAAAUGAAGCCUAGCAGAGACCUAGAGGAUGAUCAUUAUUUGAAUAAGAACCUGGGAGAGACCAGCAUGCUGAAAAGACCUGUGCUUUCGCAUUUGCAACAAACAGCCCAUGCGGAUGAAUUUGAUUGCCCCUCAGAUCUUCAGCACAAGCAGGAACUCUUUCCCAACUGGCGCUUGCCAAUCAAAAUAUCUGCUAUUGUAGCAUCUCUGACUUUUUUGUACACUCUCCUGAGGGAAAUAAUUCACCCUUUAGUAACUUUACAUCAACAAUAUUUUUAUAAAAUUCCAAUCCUGGUCAUCAACAAAGUCUUACCGAUGGUUUCCAUUACCCUCUUAGCAUUGGUUUAUCUGCCCGGUGUCAUAGCCUCGCUGGUGCAACUUCGUAAUGGAACGAAGUAUAAGAUGUUUCCACCAUGGUUAGCUAGGUGGAUGUCAACCAGGAAGCAGUUUGGGCUUCUCAGUUUCUUUUUUGCUGUACUGCAUGCAAUUUAUAGUCUAUCUUAUCCAAUGAGGCGGUCCUACAGAUACAGAUUGUUAAACUGGGCAUAUCAACAGGUCCAGCAAAAUAAAGAAGAUGCCUGGAUUGAGCAUGAUGUUUGGAGAAUGGAGAUUUAUGUGUCUUUGGGAAUUGUGGGACUUGCAAUCCUGGCUGUCUUGGCUGUGACAUCUAUUCCAUCUGUGAGCGACUCUUUGACAUGGAGAGAAUUUCACUAUGUUCAGAGCAAACUAGGAAUUGUUUCCCUUCUACUGGGUACAAUACAUGCAUUGAUUUUUGCCUGGAAUAAAUGGGUAGAUAUAAAGCAAUUUAUAUGGUAUACACCUCCAACUUUUAUGAUAGCUAUUUUCCUCCCAACUGUGGUCCUGGUAUGUAAAACCAUACUCUUCUUGCCGUGCUUCAGGAAGAAAAUACUGAAGAUUAGACGUGGUUGGGAAGAUGUCACUAAAAUUAACAAAGCAGAGAUAUCCUCCCAGUUGUAGGAUUCCUGUUCAUCAAAUUUUAUUUAAUAUUGAUAUAUUUUACUAUCAACAUUCUCAACUUUGUGUUUAUAAAUAAAAUG